GCUGUUGUUCAGCUGUGCUACGCGUUGGGUUGCCGAGUGAUACCUCGUGCGAUGCCACGGUGGUGGGUGAAGCGCAGGACAGGAGGCAUGUGGGAAGACCUCAGGCAAUGCGACGACGCGACAGACGACUACUUCCGGGAUAAGCUUCGAAUGUCGCCGCGAGUGUUCCGGGAAAUYGCGGAGGCGUGUGCGCCUCAUCUUCAGCGGCGGGUCACGUUCUACAGGGAGCCUUUGCAGCCGGACCAGAUUGUGGCGUACGCACUGUACAGGUGGGCUUCAGGGGAGACGUACGAGAGCAGCACGUGCAACUUCGGGAUUGGACGAGCUUCUGGGCUGAUUGCCGUCCGCGAUGUUACUACCGCGCUGCUAAGGGUAUUCAGAGAGAAGAUCGCGUGGCCGACAGGAGUUCGUAAACUAGUCGUUCUGCGGGCGUUUGCUGAUAAAUGGUUCCCCAACUGCCACGGUUGCAUUGAUUGUACUCACAUCUACGUCGACAAGCCGGCGAACGCUCCGAGCGAAAACUACUACGACAGGAAGCGUCGUUUCUCCAUCGUCGCGCAGGUUGUCGUCGACCUGGACUUGCGUGUGCUCGACGUGCACAUGGGAUACCCCGGUAGCUGCCACGACAUCAGGGUGCUGCAGUUGUCCAGCCUGUCGCUGCGCGCAGAGGAGGGGCCGUUGUUCCGUGGUCCCCCCGUGACACUGCCAUUCGGUGUGAAGACGAACGGGUACGUUCUGGCGGACAAUGGCUACCCCCCUUGGGAAUGGAUGGUCGUCCCGUAUGGAGGCAUCAAUCAGCACGUCGACGAGGAGCGGUUUGACAACAAACAGAAGGUGGCGAGGAGCGGUGGAGAGGGCGUUUGGCAGGCUGAAGGGCAUGUGGCGGCUGUUUCUGCGGACACACGAGACAAACUUGGAGGCGCUCCCGCAGCAGUUCACCGCCGUGUGCAUACUGCACAACAUACUGAUCGACUCAAGAAAAUCUGCUAUGGGAGGUCGACGCUAAUGGUGUGCGACGACGUGUGGACCUGGGGAUUGAAGAGCCCCUCCAGCCUGUGUCGAUGAUGACUUCGACAGAGGAAGCUUUGGCCCUGAGGAAUGAUUUGGCGGAACGAAUGAAACACGAUUGAGUCG